CCAGGUUAUGUUUACUCUGUGUGGUUCACCACUUACGGAUCAUAUCGCAGAGCUUGAUUCUGCUGCUCUGACCUGGGGAAACCCGAUAGCAUCAGCUCACAAAACAGAUGAGGAUGAAAACGAAGGAACUCCUGGCCCUGCUCUUCAUGGUCCGUCUGUGUGAGGUGAAGGGAUGGAAACGGAAGACCAGAGACUGGGACGCUAAAGAGCACAGCCCCGCCAGCACUUGCUCCAACCUGACCCAGGUAUUGGACAACUGGAAAUUUGCCAUCAUGACGCAGGUUAAAGACCUGCUUGUCAACGACCAUGCAUCUGUCCUUCCCGAAUACAACAGGAUACAGCCCCUGUCGGACGCCCUGGGAGACCUGUACAAGCAGUUCAACUCCCUGAAGGAGGAGCUCGGAGGGCUGACCGCGAAGUUCGACAGGGUGGAGGCUUUUGUGGACGACCUCCAGGCGGGAAAGAUCCCCCCACCGCAGCAGUUCAUCCAGCGUCUCGCACCCAGGGUCGGGCUGAGACCCCCGCUACGGGCACGGGCGAGGGGUCCAGAAGGCGGGGAAGUCCCCAGGGCGAUGCCCGUCGUCAAAAGGGGGAGGAGACUUCUCCGAAAACCUUAAAACUGUUUACAUACGGGCGUCCGGGUGGCGUGGCGGUCUAUUCCGCUGCCCUACCAACACGGGGGUCGCCGGUGCGAAUCCCCGUGUUACCUCCGCCCUUACAAAAAAAUAAAAUAAAUAAAAAAUAGCAUGCUUGAAGUUUAUUUUAUUAAGUAAACUUAAGUAAACUUCAAGUUCAAGUAAAGUUCAAGUAUAUGUACUAGUAGUAUACUUGUAAGUAUACUUAAGUAUAAUUUUUUUGAAUUUUUUAAGUUUAAAAUAAGUAUACUAAUAGUACACUUGAAUAAACUACCUUUUCUUGGUCGGGCGUCUCUGCAGACAUAAUUGGCCGUGUCUGCGGGUGGGAAGCCGGAUGUGGGUAUGUGUCCUGGUCACUGCACUAGCGCCUCCUCUGGUCAGUCUGGUCAGGGCGCCUGUUCGGGGGGGGUCACUUGAAGGGGGGGAUAGCGUGUUCCUCCCACGUGCUACAUUCCCCUGGUGAAACUCCUCGCUGUCAGGCGAAAAGAAGCGGCUGGCGACUCCACAUGUAUCGGAGGAGGCACGUGGUAGUCUGCAGCUCCCUCCCCCGGGAAGAGAGGGGUAAUUGGCUGGAUACAACUGCAGAGAAAAAGGGGGGUGGGGUGGGGGAGGGGACGAUCUGUUACAUACGACCUGUUGUCAUAUAAAAGAAUAUUUUUUAUAUUGCAAAGAAAUUGUGUACACUGAUAUAUAUAUAUUCUUAUAUUUAAUGAUCUGAUAUAUGUAUUCUUAUAUUUAAUGAUGAUCAGAUUAUAUUGUCUGGGAAGAUGUGAUGUGAAAAACUGAUUAGAUGUGUAAGCCAAGUGGGGACGAUGGUGCAGUUGUUUAAUAUAAUGUCCUUUGUCAUUUAGUUUGGGUUAAGCUUAAUUGGUAAUUGGAAAUAAUUGAUAUGAUUAAAGAGUUGAACGGAUACUAUAUCAGUACAUAGGCGUUUCUAAUCACAAGGAGUCAUCAGUUCUGAAUCUGUUGUGUAACUCUGAGAUCAUGUUACUCUGACGUAUUUUACACAAUCCCGACUGUUGACGAAUGGAAAUCUAUUCUAGUUUAAUGUCGUUAUUGUACCGUGGAAGAAGUUAAAGUGGCUAUCUGAGAAUGUGGUUUUAUCAUUUCACCAAACAAUUUAUCACCUGAUGAUAUACGUGUUAAUAUUUAGUGAUAACUCGUUGAGUAAAUGUAAGGUUUGGUGCAUUUCAAAGUAUCCAACAUUUAAUCUUUACAAAGAAUACCAUGAAUCAAAAUACCACUGAAUGAAAAAGUAUUUGAUAUAGGCUUGGAGACAAAACAGUUUUAAGCAUCUUUUCGUACAGGAUGAUUUUUUGCUGUUUCCAUGUUCAAACGCAUGAAGAACGUACGCAAGAUACUGUAUAAAUCACAUGUAUCUUGUACACAAUAUACUGUAUGAAUCACAUGUAUCUUGUACACAAGAUACUGUAUGAAUCACAUGUAUCUUGUACGCAAGAUACUGUAUGAAUCACAUGUAUCUUGUACACAAUAUACUGUAUGAAUCACAUGUAUCUUGUACGCAAGAUACUGUAUGAAUCACAUGUAUCUUGUACACAAGAUACUGUAUAAAUCACAUGUAUCUUGUACACAAGAUACUGUAUGAAUCACAUGUAUCUUGUACGCAAGAUACUGUAUGAAUCACAUGUAUCUUGUACGCAAGAUACUGUAUGAAUCACAUGUAUCCUGUACACAAGAUACUGUAUGAAUCACAUGUAUCUUGUACACAAGAUACUGUAUGAAUCACAUGUGGGAAACAGUAACUCAUUGUUGCCAUCAUUUUAACAGUUAUUGUAUGACUUGGAAGUUAAUGUGAAAGUUUCCGUUAUAUUACCACGAAACUUUCAUAGUCGUUAUUUGUCCCGUCUUCCCACACUUGUUACAUUUUGCAUUAUUGCUCUUUUUGGAGAUUUUUUUUCUCUUCUGCCUUUUCUUUUGUUUCUUGCUUCUGUUGUAAUUUAUUUGGGUUUUUUUUACUGUUCGUUUUCUUUCAGUCACAUGUGUGAUAAUACUUCUGCCUCUGUGAUACUGUAUUUUAUAUUCCUUAAAGAGGUAAGAAUCACACUUUGAUGCAUUUAAGAGGACAGAUUUGAAGUCACGUUGAUUUCAUUCAGGUACUUGGUAGAGGAAAAAGGACACGGUCUGUUUUUACCGCUGGGAUUUAUGUGAAAGUUCAUGAAGAAAUGAGAAAUGUUUUAUGUAACUUUUGAUUCUUGGGCUCCAUUUAGUAAAACUGUAACUGUUUAUAGUUUUCAUGUUAACAGAUAUUAAAGUAUUGUCUUU